AUGACCUUCACAAACGCUCCCGUGUCCCGCCUGGCCGUCCUGGGACUCGUUUCCUUCUCCAUUGCCGCCAGCAUGCUUGACGUCAAGCACUACUGUUAUAUCCUCAUCGACACCCAUCUCUGGCGCUACCGGCAGCUUUGGAGGCUGCUGGCAUACCAGUUCUGCUACGUCAACUCGACAGAGGUGCUGUUCGCCGCCAUGUCGCUUUACAAUCUCCGAGUCGUCGAGCGCAUGUGGGGACCCCGGAAAUAUGCGUCCUUCCUCGUCGUCGCCUACCUCUGGACCGCCAUCGUACCCCCUCUCACCAUGGCCGUACUGCGACCGCUGUCGGCCAGCCUCUUCAACUACGUGCCUGCCGGCCCGACUCCCAUCGUCUUCGCCGUCCUCGCCCAGUUCUACGCCAUGGUCCCGCACAUGUACAAGUACCGCGUGGCCACGUCCCAGGCACCGCCCACGGAUGACCCCUUUUCCGGGCUCACGCUGUCGGACAAGUCGUACCAAUACCUCAUCGCUUUCCACCUGUCGCUGCUACAAUGGCCCGGCUCCGUUGUCGGCGCAGCCAUCGGCUGGCUCGUAGGCCACGCGUGGCGCGGCGGCGUUCUGCCCGCCUCGGUCGUGUCGUGGCGACUGCCGGCCUGGAUGGUUGGACUGAGUGCCCAGGGGCGCAGCGCCGAAUUCGAGGGCCUCCGCCGGAGGCUCGAGGGCGAAAACUCAACCACGGGCGUCUCCACGGCGAUCCAGGAUGAGUCGGGGGAUCAGCAGGUGGACAGGAGACGAACCAUGAGACAGCAGAUAAUGGACCAGUUCCGCGAGGCCUUGUAG